UCAUUUGGCGGAGGUAUAUGCAACUUUCUAAUUUUUUCCAAAAUAAACCAUUAUGUCCUCUGUAUUUUUAUACUUUAGGUCAACGAGCAUCCAUACCAAAUAUUUCGGCCUAUUCAACAGUAGCAUCUUCAAUACCAGCUAGCAAUUCCAUGUUUGCCAGCUUGCCUGGUCAAACAAAUUUUCAUAUGUCUCAACCAACUUCAACAGCAUUUCAAAUGCCCAUUUCAUCCUAUAUGCCAAAUGUCCAAACACAGACCAGCACUACUCCAUUUAAUACAAAUGUGAAUUAUUUUUCGAAUCCAACUCCAACUUCUUUUGCCAAUAAUCAAUCUUUCGGUGCUAACCCAUUUCAAACUCAAAUAUCACCAAAACAAGCUCAAAUGGGCAUCCCAUUUAUGGCAUCAGUUAAUCAAGGACCUCUCCCAUUUACAAACGGACAACCAAAUCCUUUUCUGAAUAUUACACAGCAACAAUCUUCGCAGCAACAAAUUCAUUUAAAACCACGCACAAACUCAACGAAUCCAUUUCUUUAA